GGGAAGGGGGAAGGAAUCAAAGGAGGCCAUUUCACAAAGAGAUAAUCCCUGUAUAUUUGUGACAUCAUCCCACUGCUUAUGUAUAUAUAGGGAAUCGUCCAGAGCUCCCCUCAUGGUUCACUCACUUUCAAAGUCAGCUGAAGGCAAUAGGAAAGCAGAGAGAUACUCGUUUGCAGCUUCGCUCGCUCUCUCUAAUAUUUAUGGACUUUACUUUCUAGAAGACUAAAGUAUGAUGUCAAGAAUGAGAAUUCACCUGGUCUGCAUGAUGUUUCUGGCUUUUACCUCCCAGAGUCUGUGCUCAGAUUCAGAAGAGGAAAUGAAAGCACUGGAAGCAGAUUUAUUGACCAAUCUGUACACAUCAAAGAUCAGUAAAGCAAGAUUUCCUCAUUGGAAAAUGACCCUGCUGAAUGUGUGCAACCUUGUCAAUAACUUAAACAACCAAGCUGAAGAAAUAGGAGAGAUUGGCGAAGAUGAGCUUCUCUUGAGAAGGCAGUUCUCAGCUUUAGAUGGCUUUAACUUGGAGGCAAUGCUGACCAUCUUCCAGAUCCAGAAAAUCUGUCAGAGCAGAGCCUUUCAACACUGGGAGCUACUGCAAGAAGAUGUUCUGGAUUCUGGAAAUCUGAACCGUGAGAAAGAAGAAGUAAUGAAAAGGAAAACCCCUUAUAUCCUGAAGCGGCAACUCCAUGUGAAUAAAGCCAGAAGACCCUACAUACUUAAAAGGAGUGCUUCCUACUAUUGAAAAGGAGGAAAAAAUAUCAAAUUUAGUUUAUGAGUAACUGUGCUUCGUGGUCCUUAUAAUUCAACAUACAAGCAUAUCAAUGUGAAAGUUAUAUGACAAAAGAACAGAAUUGUUUUUGUCUUUUCUGCAAUUGUGGUUUCUUGAAUGUGAUUUUUUUUUAAUCAAAAGAAUUGGACAGAAAACAUUCCAAAUAAAUUUCAUUUCUAAGCAUGA